AUGAAGCCUUGGAAUACAACUGCAGCUCGUCAGUGGGCAAAAGUCAUCAGUAGGCUCAGGAAUGUCCAAACAAAGUACGUGCACACAGCCAUGCUGCGUUCUCUGCGCGCCCUCCAUUUCGCCCGGGCAGUGGGCGCGUGCGGUGGGGCUCGCGGCGAGUGCGGCACUGGGCGGAGCCACGUGGCAGCCGAGCGCAAGACAAAGGUGUCCAAGAAUCGGCUACGCAGGAGGUUUAUGCAAAGGGGACUGGACUCAGAAACCAGGAGACGACUGGCAGGGGAAGAAAAGAAAAUCGUUAGUGAAGAGCGCCGGUACGUGGGUCUGCCAGAGCUUAAAGAGAAAGAGAGUUUCCUAACAGAAGAGCCGAGUUUCUUACUACGUGAAGGUUUUCUCCAUGGAAGAACGUCACUCCGAGGAUUUCAUCCUGAGGUUGAGAAAUUGAUGCUUCGUGUGAAUACUAGGCUCAAUGCAGCAGAAGUGGAAGAUGCAGCGGUGGAGCUCGAUGUGUCAGAUGAAGCGAUGGCUAGAAGAUACGAGACCGUGGUGGGGACAGUUGGGAAAAAGUUUGCCAGAAAGACAGACCAUGCCAAUUAUGAAGAAGGUGAAAAUGGAGACAUAACAACCGAUUAAAGCAAAGAACAUGUUCUUAAAG